AUGAUGCACUCGAACCACGAUCCACAGGCGCGGCCCGGGGAUCUGCCUCGGAAGAAGAUCCGAAAGGGGACCCGCAGUUGCUGGCAAUGCAAACACCGGAAAGUCCGCUGCAUUUUUGCGUCUGAUACCGACCAGAACUGCAAAGAAUGUCUCGCCCGGGGACUUCCAUGUCGCAGCCAAGAAUUGCCAGAGCCUGAGAAUCCCCGCGAGUCGGACCGCGCAUACGUGAACGAGCGGAUGGCUCGAAUGGAGAACCUGUUGGAAAAACUUCUGAUACGUGUUGACGGUGGGAACCAUCAACGGCAUGACUCGAAAUCGCCCAUAGAUACAGCGGAAACCAGUCCCGAAUCGAAUCCCCCGACCGUGGCACCAGCUUCGGACAAUGCUCCAGUUUUGUCUCUUUUUGACGAGUCGGUUCGUGUCGCAACUCAUAUUAGGGAUCUGCAAUUUCCCCUAGCUCGCGCUUACUGGUUAAUAGCUAGGUUUCAAACUAUCAGAGACCAUUGGACCCGAUUUUACACCAUAUGGCACGAUCAACCGGGAUUGGGGCAAACUGCGCCGCGAUCUGAUAGCCUUGAUACCCACCCAGAAGACGUUGAAAUUAUAUCAGAGGCUAGCAGUAGCUGGUGGCUUAUGCGCGUGCAGUUACUUGAAGACUACGAUAAAUCAUUGCUUUCGUCCUCGGAGGGAGAGCUCUCGACUAGUCAUCCAACUGUGAUUGGUAAGGCAAUCCUGUGGAUUGCAUUGUGUCUCCAACAGCUGCCUUCGGAGUUUGAUUCGUCCUCUCUCGAUAUUCCCUGCCUCCCAUGGGUCCUAGUUGAAGAAUGCAUCACCCGCGUUUCCACGCUCGUCUGCUCUGAUGACUCUAUUGUCAGUUGUAUCGAUGGGCUAGAGUGCUUGGUUCUGCAAGGGUUGCUCUUUAGCAAUGACGGGAAGAUACGAAGUGCAUGGCUUUCCAAUCGUCGGGCUGCAAACAUCGCUCAGCUAAUCGGGUUCCACCGUGCUGAACCAGCUCCCAGUGAAAGCGCCGAGUUUCAACAUCGGGCUACGUUCAUUUGGAGACACAUCCUCAUGACCGACAGGCAUCUUUCUCUGAUCCUUGGAGUACAUGGAGCUAUAUCCAAUACGGCAAUAGAUCUGUAUCAAUCCAACCCAAGCGACCCUCAAGAUUUGCCUGUCCACAAUGCAUCUGUUCUGAACCCCCUUGCUCGGAUAGCCGGAUCAAUCAUUGAGCGCAAUCAGACCUUUACAGAGGUCACUCCGGCCAUGAUGCAGAUGACACAAAGCAUCGAUCUGCAACUUCAAGCGUUCAAUCCCCCUCCUUUGGCGUCACCCGACAACGUUCCGCCAGGCAAGUGUACUGAGCGAUCCUCUUGUUUCCUUGAGCUCUACUAUCGGUUAUGGUACUAUCAGCUCACGGUUUGGCUACACCUGCCUCUCCUACUAGCAUCAGGUACUGAUAACUUCUAUAAUUAUAAUCGGCAAACCUGUCUCCAGGCCUGCCGCAACAUCAUCGCUUGCUAUGUCAAUAUCCGACGCACCACGGAAAAGGGGUUUGACUCGAAAAUUCUUGAUUUCCAAGCCUUCACUACGGCAAUGACUAUCAUUGUCAAUGCACUCGGACCAUUUGGCCCCCAGGAUUUUACCAAAGGAGAUUACUUCGCUCUCGACCGGGUUGUGGCUGUCCUAGAGCAAGUAUCGAAGAGCGGUCCUCCGGACAAGAUUGCAACCCGGGCGUUGCGCGUUUUGAAGCUUAUCAAGGCGAUAGGAAUGGGAACGGAACCUCCGCCACUUGACGAAUCAGAAGGACACCAAUACGAGAAUGAGAAGCCUAUUCGCAUCAAGCUUGAUAUUCCUUAUUUCGGCACGAUAUACCUCGAACGUCGUGCCGUCGUUGACCAAGCAUCGAAACAUAUUGCCGCUGCUACUCCACCGCUGCCAGCGAUGCCAACAAUGCCCAGCACCAUUCCUGGACAAUAUUACCCAUCAUCUUCGUGGAUGGGCACGAUCCCGGACCUCGGUUAUGCAAAUGGGCAGGUUCCGGAAACCGCCCAAUUGGCGGAUAACGGUUUGGGCUUUGACCCGCCUGCUGAGUUUUGGGCUCUCGACUCUCAGUUCACGUUUCAAGACUCCAUUUUUGGCUGA